AUGAUAUGCAAAUCAAACUGCAUUCACUAUGUCCAGAGGCACAGCACUGGGUCAGAAGCUGUAUCAAGUUGCUGGCAAAGAAUUUCUAUCAAGGGAUCAGGACCUUCCAACAGAACAAUCAUGGUUCAAUCUAAUUUAAUUCAGCAGAAUCUGUCAAACGACUACAGUGUGCUGGGGGCCACGGCAUGGAAUGCAUCUUGCAAAAAUUGGCUGGCAGCAGAGGCUGCCCUGGAAAAACACUACCUUUCCAUUUUUUAUGGAAUUGAGUUCGUUUUGGGAGUCCUUGGGAACAGCAUUGUUGUUUUUGGCUACCUCUGCUGUCUGAAGAACUGGAAUAGCACUAACAUCUAUCUCUUUAACCUCUCUAUCUCCGACAUAACUUUUUUGUGCACGCUUCCCAUGCUGAUGAAGAGUUAUGCCCACGAAGAAUGGACCUAUGGAGACAUCCUCUGCAUCAGCAACCGGUACGUGCUUCAUGCCAACCUCUACACCAGCAUCCUCUUCCUCACUUUCGUCAGCAUUGAUCGCUACCUGCUUAUGAAGCAUCCUUUCCGAGAACACCUUCUGCAAAAGAAAGAGUUCGCUGUUUUAAUCUCUUUGACCAUUUGGCUGUUAGUGACCUUGGAGCUUGUGCCCAUGCUUCUUUUCAUAAACCCUGGGACGGGUGACAGUGGCAUCAAAUGUAACGAUUAUGCAAGUUCUGGGAACGCCAACCACAGCCUCAUUUACAGCAUAUGCCUAACCUUCUCGGGGUUCGUCAUCCCUCUUUUUGUGAUGUGCUUCUUUUAUUUCAAGAUCGUUGUCUUCCUAAAGCAGAGAAUCAAGCAGCAGGUUACCACUUUCCCCUGUGAAAGGCCUCUCAACUUAGUCAUCUGGGCCGUGGUGAUCUUCUCUGUGCUCUUCACUCCCUACCACGUCAUGCGGAACGUGAGGAUCGCCUCCCGCCUGUGGGAGCAGGCCCGGUGCGCUCAGGUCAUCAUCAAAUGCCUCUACAUCGUGACGCGACCUCUGGCCUUUCUGAACAGUGUCAUCAACCCCGUCUUCUAUUUCCUUGUGGGCGAUCACUUCAGGGAGAUGUUGACGAAUAAACUGAGGCACCACUUUAAAUCCCUUCCAUGCUUUAGAAGAUGAGCUGAUGGACUGAUGUUUUCAUUCCCAAACGAGUGAGGUGUCCGUGGAACAGAACAUUUUAUACAAGCAGUUGAAGGCCAGUUAGAGUUUGAGUAACACAUAGACGUAAAUCACCCCUGCCGUAAAGACAGGGUGUACCCAGAGCACAUAAACAGAAGAGGAUAAGAAGAAUUUAUUUGUUUGUUCACCUACAAAUCGAAAGAAGCUGGACCAGCACGAGACUUUGGGCAUGUAAAUCCAAAAUCCUAGAUGUUCUAAUACCUCAAUCUCUGCAAGAAGAAUGAAAGAUAGGUAAGGCAGCAAGCUGUCUGCAUUUAAUCACUG